AUGGAACUAGAAGAUGGUUUUGAUGAGUUAUUGGCAGAUAUAUGUGAACCAACUUCACCUAAACAAGCAAAGUUAGAAACAAAUGAUAAACAACAGCUACCAGGAACUAGUAAAGACACGAUAAAAGCUAAGCCCUCAUCUUCUAAAACACACUGUGUGCUGGUAAAUCAAAAACAGAGAGGCAACCCUUUGCUGAAGUUCAUCACAAAUGUACCUUGGGAGUAUGAUGAAAUUAUACCAGAUUAUGAAGUCGGCAAAACAAUAUGCAUCUUGUUCUUGUCUCUAAGAUACCAUAAUAUGAAUCCAGAUUAUAUUAAUAAUAGGUUGAAAGAAUUAGGCAAAAAGUAUGAGCUACGAAUAUUGUUAGUGCAGGUAGAUUUAAAGGAUCCUCACACUCCAUUAAAAAAUUUAACUAGGAUAUGUCUUUUGACUGAUUUGACUCUUAUGUUAGCAUGGAGUCCUGAAGAAGCAGCAAAAAUAGUAGAGAAUUACAAGAUUUAUGAGAACAAACCACCAGAUAAUAUUAUGGAGAAAGUGGAAAAUGAUCCACAUCAAAAGAUAGUAAAUGCAUUGACAUCCAUAAAACCUGUGAAUAAAACUGAUGCUAUGACACUUAUAAAAACAUUUGGUACAUUAGGAAAUAUCAUUCUUGCUUCAGAGAAGAGAUUGUCAGAAUGCCCCGGGUUUGGAGCUACAAAAGCUAAAAAACUAUAUAAAGCUUUACAUGAACCAUUUUUGAAAAGAUCCCAGAUAAAUAACAAAGAGAAAAAAGAUGGAGAAUUUUCAGAUAACAUCAACAUCGAAGACAUUGAAAAAAUAGAAACUAAAAUUGGAAAUCAAGAUAGCUGA